GGUCGUCGUCGUCGUGCUCGCGUCGUGUAGUAGUUGUACCCGUGGCAUGAAGUUGUAGAUCUUCGCCCGGUCGCCGUGUUUUUUUCCUACGGUCUCGAGGCCCGGUCGCCGUGUUUUUUUCCUAGAUCUUCGCCCGGUCGCCCUCGUCGUCGUGUAUGAGGAGGACAACGUACCCAAGAGGCAACUCACCCAUGGGGGAUCAAAAAAAAAGUUUCAAUUAGUGCCGGACUGGCCGGCAAAAUACCUAUAUAAAAUAGUUAAUUGCAAUAGCUAGGUGAUUAAGUAGUUAGAUAAGACGUUUUUUAGGGGUUGUAGGGUGCUAGAUCGCCAAGUCCAGCUCCACGGAUUCGCCUCGGAACCCUAGCAAAAAACCGAGGAAGCGCCCCAUGGUGUGGCGUCUGUCUACUGCCCGCGCUUUCCAUUGUGCGUGGCCUGUGGGAGAUUUGGCGCAGCUAGCCGCAUCCAGCGGAUGGCUGACGACAAGCCGGCACGGUAGACACAAAAAGCCGCGCGCCCUGGUUAUGAGAGAAGGCGGAGCAGCGUGCCAUCGGCUGCCGAGGGGGGUUUCGCCAAAAAGCACCCGCAAGCCAAGUGCAACAUGGCCCGCAGGCCGCGGCCUGCAGGGCCGCAGGCGAGAGGCGGGGGCGCGAGGGGGGGCCGCGGGAGGGGGUCCACACAGGGCCUCCCAUAGGGCAUAUUUUUACCCCUAGCCCCGACGCUGUGGUCGUUUUGUCCCUUGCCAAAAAGGGGGCAUCUCGGAGGGGCAUCGCGGACGGGGAUCCCGGACUCUCGUGUUGUCCUUUGUGAGGUCAAUCUGCCCAGGUAGGAACACAACGAAGCCGGGGCACUUUGGGUAGCCUCACAAAAUGGCUCCCAAGCUCGGCGGAAAGUGGCAGCAAGGCACAAACAAAACACAGAAAACGGCGGCAAGGUGCGACACGGCCGUCGCAACUACGUCGUCCUGCUGCCUUGCCACAGAAGGCUGGCCGCCGAUCCUCUGCCCCCUGCGAACCUUCGUGCCCUAUCUGCGCCAGGCCCUCGUGUGCAGUAUCCCGGCGCCCCUGCGUGGAGACAACCGAGGCGAAGCCGUGGAGCUGGAUAUCGGCGAUCUAGCACCCUACAACCCUUUGAAAGCGUCUACUUUACAUAGCUAAUUCACAUAAGGCAAGCUAGUGUAUUUUAACUAGCGAAAUUACUUAUGUUCAAUUCGUUUACUGUGAAAAAAAAAAAAAUUAUCCCCUUGGGUGCGUUGCCUGUUGGGCACGUUGUCCUCCUCAUAUCGUGCUCGCGUCGUGUAGUAGUUGUACCCGUGGCAUGAAGUUGUACAUCCUUGCCCCCGCUUUCAUUUUUCACUCUUGUCAACAAGACACGACUAUUUGACUUCUAAAAAACAUUUCCGAUUUACUUUUGUCCGCCUCUAGAACUUCUCCUGGAACAAAUGCCUGAUGGAUCACUCAGUAGCAGAGGCAGAGAAGUAACUAGGGUGAAGUUGGAUGUGUGACAACAGUAAAUCAGGAAAAAAAAAACUUCUAUUUUCAAUUUGACUCAAUUAUACAAUUACUGCGUUGGAAGUGUACCGAUUUGAUGGUUGAGCAGUAUUUUCGCCAAAUCGCCACUCCUUCCGCAAGUACCAAUUUUCUUUUUCUCAAUUUGACUCUGUUUGCGACGACAUUUGACUUUGAUUCUGAUUUCAUUGUGACAAAAAAGCCCGAUGUUGAUCAUCGUUUUCACUUUUUUCUGAAGAACUUUUUUCUUACUUUUUGACACGCUCUUAGGAGUUGAAACUUUCUCUUCAGCUUGGCAAGAAAAUCUAAGUAUUCAACCAGUGCGACGCUUUCAAUAUAAAAGUAAAAAAACAAAAAAAAUCCGCGCGAGCUCCCUUUUUUUCGUUUUUCAACCUGUUUUAAUAGCCUUCUGAUGGGUUGCAAGACCGAGGCGCGAACAAGCAGAUUAUCUCGAUAAGACUUUCAAAAAAUAAAUAAAAAAUCCCCGCUGUCGUUCUGUUUGAUGCGAACUUCUGUCAAUAACAAUAUCAACUGCGCUGAGUGCGUUGCCAAUGACUAGGUUCAUCAUUUCAUCGUGACUAAGGCGUGUUCAUAGGCGAAGUGGCGAAGCAUGUUGGGUAGAGAGGCUACUGAUCAACUAGAAGACCACUCGUGACGAUCAUCUGCAGAUACAUAAAUACAGAGAGAUUUUAAUAUUGUGUCGUGACAACAAAACUUAAACUUUGCGAGAAAAACCCAUUGAACAAGAUGACUACUACAUCAAUCACCUCGGUCUCGCCCCCCAUUCGCCGCACGGAGAUGCCGUUUCUUCUGCCGAAGCCGACCCGGAUUUUUCUCCUGGCGUUUUUCUGCUACGUGCAGCUGCUUUGCUCUAUGGUGCUGAACGGGUUCUUCACAAUCGUCAAGCAGGUUGCAGCGUUCUACGGGGUGUCCGUUCAGCUCGUGAAUCUUAUGGGGACGAUUGUGUAUCUCUAUCGACCGCAAACAUGUCUUCAGUGUGGGAACAGACCAUUGCACUGCUGCAUAGACAGGGUGCGGAUUUUAGAGUUUGUUCCAUGUCGUGCAUUCGCGCGGAUUGUUUCUGUUCGAGACGUGCUCGCGUCGUGUAGUAGUUGUACCCGUGGCAUGAAGUUCCUGUAG